CAACACCAUGAUCAUUCAUCAUGACAAUAUUGUCAGUCAUGGACCAACCACUGGGAUAUUUCGGGACCCACCUCUGUCUUCAGAGAUGCAGGUUGAGACUGGUCAGUCUCCAGUGUCUCUUCACAGUGGUUUCUUGGAGACCAGUUAUCAAGACCUUCAGACUGGAUCUGAGGUUGACUUGGUUCAUCCAGGUUUGGUGGAAGCCAGGCCUCAUUCCUUUAAUGAAUCAGGCACUAGUAAGCCAGAAGUCAGCCUGGACCAGUCCAGGGAUCAAUUCAUUCAGGGAAUGACAAAGUCCAACGACUCUUCCCCCAUGGACACUGAAUCCAUUGUUGCCGUCCAAAACCUUAUGAAUGAGUAAGUAUCAAUGCUCACACAAAUAUUCACCAUCUCAAAUUCCUCCCAUCCUCAUACAUACAGUACCUACUUACCUGUCUGCCCUAAUUGGACAAAAUCUAAUAUAGGAUGUACAUGUUUUUUUGCAGCGACUUUUCCAGCAACCACACUGGUUCCAUCAAGAGGCUUGCUGUAGUGCAGCAUUUCCUCACAACUUGUCAGCGGUUGAGGGACCUCUGUAAUGGAUGCUCAGGUUUCAGAGUGUCAUUCUUUGGCCGUCAACCUGAGUUGUCCUCUGCCAGGGUCGCAGUUUCCAGUGGUGUUCAAAGUUGUGGCAACAUCAAGGAUACAGGCACCUCAGGGUGUGCUGAUCUGACCACAGCCAUUGAUGCCAUGGAGACUGUAAUGGGAAGGAUGGUCCUGAAUUUAGAUGAUGCUGCCGCUAUCAGGAUGAAGAUGGAGCAACUUCUGUCCAGUGGAACUUUGAGGCCACUGACAGACAUGCUGGUGAAUCGCCUUCGACACAUCAUUCCAGAGUAUGACUGCCCUCAAGAGAAGUUUGUGUAUGCCAUAGUGGAGAGGUCUUUGAAGACUUUCCUUGGCCAACUGCUGGAUGGCGUUGUUGCAGAGUUAAAUGGUGCUCCUGAGGAGGGCACUCCCUCUUCAUCAACAUCCAUUUCUAAUACUGAGAUCCACAGUGGAGACUUAAGUCUUUUGACCACCGCGAUGACACAGUAUAUCAUGAACAAUGUGUCUGGCCGGCCAAGGGACUGCUCAGGCGACUAUCCACCCACCAGGGACUUUUCAUCCAGGAUCAGUGGAACAAGUGAUCAAGAUUCUGUGGAGAACUGCAAAGUCACUGCCUGCACAGAGUGCCCUGAGGGAAAGGAUUACUUUUCCCUAGUCAGUAUAGUGUUGGUACAGCUGAUGAGAAAGAUUGAACCCACCAUCGAGCACAUGGCUGAUUUCACAGCCUUCCACAGUGACCUCACUGAAAGGAUCCUCUCAGAGUUUUGCUCUACAUCAGGCCUUUCAAGAGAUAAGGCAAAUCCAGCUGUCAGGAUUCAGAAGAUGUGCAAUAAUAUCUACAACGAACUUCUAAAGAGCUUUCGCACCAAAGCUAUGGUCAGUGGGCUUUUGGCCUAUCGGCAGCCUGUGUUGAGCACAGUCCUGACCAAGUGUUUGGUGAAAGAGCUUCUCCGGGUGAGCCAGGAGGAGGUGGGUGCUGAGAGGACGGAAGGAGCCCAGAGGUUCAGCUUCCUCCACAGACUCAAAGCCUUCAAGACUCUCAUCCUCAAGAGUAACAGCAGAGUUCAGCCCAUGUCCUCAGAAGUCACAGAUGCUGAGACUUCCUCUGGUGAAAAUGAGGGUCAAACUUCCUCAGCGACACCAGAGGAAAAUCCCCCUGCAUCCUCCUCAUGUGACGGAGAAUCCCACAACCCAAACCUUUUCUCAAAGAUGCUGAAGACCAUCACCACAGUCCUGCAGUCCCGUGGGACUUCCACAACACCAUAGAGUAGCCUACAUCAGGAUUUAGGCUGGACAUAUCAUGACAGGAUCAUAGAUCUCUUAUCAGGUCACAUGGCCAAAAAAAAAAAGAAAGGCCCCAAUUAUUAUU